AUUAAGCAUUUACGUUUCGCUGUUGUUGCUGAGACUGGGCAGCGCUAACAAGUUUUGAACGCAUUGCUAAAACAAAUUUUCAACGCUUCGCGAGGCUUCGUGCAUUCGCCCCUAUAUAUUUUCGCCACAUUUGUUUUGUGCUAUCUUUCGUGGUUCGUUGUUGUUAUUGUUGCGUUGCUGUUGCCGUUGCGCUCAUUUGUACAUGGAAUAAGUUAAUUUUCAUUUAAUUUAUGCGAAAUUACAAAAGCGAAUGUGAAAAAUAUAAAACAAGCGACAGCCAGGAAAACCAUGCAACGCCUUUGUAAAAGGGUAAAAGUGUGGAAAAUUGUGCAAAAAAAGUGUGACGUCGUUUCUGCUGCCCUCUUGCUGUCGUGAUGAUGGCCAAUUUCCACACUAAAACGCAGCGACGUCGACUGCGACUGCACUGGCAUAGACAGCUGCUGCUUUAGCAAGAGUAAACAAAGCGACACACACAUACACAGCCACGCACACACGCACAAUUAUUAAAGUGACGACGACGACGACGUCCUUCGCCUUGCGCCCGCUGGAGACCUCAGACCCAGACCAACAGACAACCUGCGCAUCAAAUUACACAUCAUCACCAUCAUAUCAUCAUACUCCUCACUUACAACCUGUUUGGCGCAGACAGGAAGUUUUGCAACGGAAGCAUCGCGACCACCAGCUUAACGAUUCUACACCUCUCUGCGGCAGCUGUCACCAAAACUCUUCACAUUUGAAGCUACGUUGUUGGCGCCAGAAUGGGAUCCCCUUCUGGUGGCGAUGGCGGCCCAAAUGAGACCGCCUGGCUGGAAGAUUUGCUGCGGGAGGUGCAACUGGAGCAAUUCCUAGAACGGAUCCGUGACGAUUUGCAAGUGACGCGACUGCCACACUUCGACUAUGUGCUGCCCGAUGAUCUGGAACGGUGUGGACUUGGCAAACCGGCGAUACGCCGGCUUAUGGAGGCAGUAAGGAAGAAGAAGGCACAUCAGUGGCGCAAAAACAUACUCUCCAAGCUGAUAGGUGGCGGAAAACAACCGUCUUCCAAGAAGCAACAACAGGGUCAGUCGGCAGUCCGGGAUGCGCAGCAAGGCAAUGGUACACAAUUAACGUGUCUCAUACACGAACGGGACAUUACACUGGGUCUUAAGCUCGGCGAUGGCUCCUUCGGUGUAGUGCGACGUGGCGAGUGGAGUGCUUCACCCACCGGGAAAGUUGUUCCAGUGGCCGUCAAGGUGCUGAAGUCGGAUAAUCUCACCCAGCCGGGCAUCAUUGAUGACUUCUUUCGCGAGGUGCAGGCCAUGCACGCUCUCGACCAUUCGAAUUUGGUGCGUCUAUACGGGGUGGUGCUGUCGCAACCCAUGAUGAUGAUCACAGAGUUGGCGGAACGCGGCUCGCUUCUGGACACGCUACGUAAGCAGUGCCGGCACACCUCGCUCACACACAUCUGGAACUGGUCCGUGCAGAUAGUGACGGGAAUGGCGUAUUUGGAGCAGAAACGUUUUCUUCAUCGCGAUCUCGCCUGUCGCAAUGUGCUUCUGGCCUCCGGAAACAAGAUCAAGAUUGGAGAUUUUGGUCUGAUGCGGGCACUGCCGCAGGAAGACGAUUGCUAUGUUAUGUCCGAGCACAAGAAAGUGCCGUUCCCCUGGUGUGCACCCGAGUCGUUGCGUUUUCGCCAAUUCUCGCAUGCCUCGGACACAUGGAUGUUCGGCGUCACGCUUUGGGAAAUGUUGUCGUUCGGCGAAGAUCCCUGGGUAGGUUUGAAUGGCUCACAAAUAUUGCGCAAGAUCGAUCGCGAAGGUGAGCGACUGCAUCAGCCAGAUGCAUGUCCACCAGAUGUUUACGCCAUGAUGCUGCAGUGCUGGGACAAGACGCCGGCAGAGCGACCCACAUUUGCGGCUCUGAAGGAAUACCUGGCGGGCAUGUCACCUCCAUUGAUGCGUGCCUCACGCAGCUAUCACGAAACCAAAGGCCUGCAGAUCGAAGCGGGUGAUACUAUUGCCGUCAUCGAUGGUCGUCCCGAAUUGAAACUCAUCAAGGGCCAGAAUCAACGCACCUUCGAGAUCGGCAUCUUUCCUCGCACCCUGCUGGAGAAGCACAAAUUGGGUCAUGGCGAUGUUAUCUUGCGCGAAAAUGGCCGUCAGUCCGGCGGGAGUGCCGGACAAUCACCCUUUGGCUUCUGCUGGGGCGGUGGCGGUGCCUCCAUGGUCAACGGCGAGGACAGAAAUCGCAAGUGCGCUUCCCUAGCGCACACCCAAAGCUUUGGAGCGCAGCCGGUGCAGGGUCAUGCCAAGGAGCGCAAGUCUAUAUCGAGCAAGCAAUUUGCGUACAACAAGCUGGUCAACGAGGCAGGUGUGCUGCAGCGACGCAAUGCCGUCAAGCAACGUUCGUCGCAGAAAGGUUCGGGACCACAGCGCCCACCGCCGCCGCAGUUGCAUCAACAGGAGGGCAUACUCAUCGACAUUUCGCCAGAGCUGGCAAGUGGUGGUGAGACACGCCCCUUAGGAGAUAGCUCCUCCCUGAACAUGGACAGUUCCUUCUGCAUACUCGAUGCGCCCAUUGAUGUGCCCACGUUUGGAGACACACCCUCCAGCCCCAACACGCCCACGUACUUCAACGAGCAGCCGCAAUUCGAAUUUGAAACGGGCGCCGUGGUUCCCGUCGUGGGUGUUUCGCCUGCACGCCUGCAACCGCCGCCCUACCAAAUGCCACCCACUUAUUCCAACACCAUGGAGUUUGCGCACCAAAAACGCGAGCAGGUACAACAGCCAGCGGCACGGGAUCCGUUCGAUACAAGUAGCUUGGACGUGGCUGGGGCCCUAACGCUCUACUCUAACGUCACUCAGUCACCGCCGGCUCCUUUACAAUCUACGAGCGCAAUCUACAGUAACCCCGCAGCACGUAAAAAUCUCUUUAACAACACCAACCCAUCCACAAGUAAUGGUUAUGGCAACAAGGAGAACAUACCUCAAGCUGUCGAAAACACUGUAGCUCUAGACUCUGCGGUCCACUUAAAUUUGAGCAGCCUAUCUCUGGAGCAUCAUGACACGACCACCACGAUCACCAGCUUGGCGGCAGCUCCACCAACGGCAGCUGUCGUAAAGCCUGUAGAAAACUUCCUACUUGAUAAGUCGUUUAUAGCCGAAUUGGAAAAGGACUUGUACAGCGGCAGCAAUAAGGUCCAGAGCGACUACGAACGAAACACGGCCCAGAUGUAUGCCAACAAGGAGAUUGUUUACAAACAGAAUCUCACGCCACUAAAGAACACAGGCACUUCAAAUCACUCCAGUCCCUCCUCCAAUAUCAACGCUUCGCCAAGUGUGCGCCCAUACGAGCCAGCGCUUGUUCACACCACGCCCAAGCAGAACAAUGUGGAGGCGGCAAAUACAGGUUCCACGACGCAGAGUGUCGUCAAUCGCAUUUGGUACGAACAGGUGGCCGCUCCUUCGGAAUAUUAUGCGCAACCGCCGACAGAUGAGCAACUGUACGCCAACCAAUUGGCACCGGCGACUGGAAACUCUACUCAAGUGGAGGCAAACCACUCGUUUGUGGCCAUUUCCAAUCGUGUUGUGGCGCCUCUGACCAAUGCAUAUGCAUCAACAGCUUCGCUUUAUGGCAGUCUCGGUGGCGGCGAACGCUACGAUGCCGUCGCCUCGGCAGCCAACUCCACAUAUUAUGGACAAGUUCCGCAGCCGUUAGCUACAAAUGCAGUCAAUGGAGCUCCAUCUGCAGCAGCAUUUUACGAUGAGGUUACGUUCGACGAUUAUCUGCGGCCUCAUCGUCCAGCACCGCUGGCACCACCACCACUGUCGGCCCAGCAAAUCCAGCGACGACUGGAGAAGAUGCGCCAACAACAGCAGCAGCAAUUGGAUGGUGCCAAUAAUUUGUAUGCACCAGUGCCUGCAGAGAUUGCCAGCGAACAAGAGAAGGUACAACAGCUAAUGCAGGACCUGGGCUCGGCAGCAUUGGAACAGGACGUGCGUAAUGCCUUGCGAGCCGCCAGUGGUGAUAAAAAUCUGGCUCUACGCCACUACAAAAUCGAUCAGUUGACCCGUCUGGGCGUUGCCAACAGGCAGCUGUGUGAGCAGGCCUUGCAGCAAACGGGCUGGAGCUUGGAAAUGGCAGGCGCCCUGCUUUUGGAGACGACAGCGGGCUAGGCACCACCCAUCUCUUAAAAGGAACAUCACAAUGUAAUUACCUUUAUCGAAAAUGUAUUAGUAUUGCCUCUUCGCGAGCCGUUCUUUAACACACAAUUGCUGAAUACAGCGGUAUUUCGUUUAUUUUAAGUUUACUUAAGGCCUUCGAUAAACUCCUCGAAUAUUUGAAGAAUACUCAUCAGUUGUGCAACGAGAAUUUCAACUACAGCAUCCCAGACUGAUGGCGUAGUGUAUAUUUUUUCAGUUUUUUAGCAUAA